CUCCUUUCUGCCCCCCAGGCCUCCGCUGAAAGCCGCGGUAAGUAGCUGCAGCGGCCCCCGGCUCGGGAACUCUGCCUCCGGCUGCCAACAUGGCCAGAAGCGGGUUCUGCGACUCCAAGCCCCUGCUGGACUUACACAAGAAGGCGGAUGAGAGGAGAGCUCCACUGAGAAGUUGGACCAAUGCCUGUGGCUCUGUGGAUCGCUGUCAGCCUGUGGAAGUGGAGGAGUCCAGGACGGCCCCAGUCAGAACGGAACCAGAGCGCAGAUGGGAAAGGAGGCUAUCUACACAAACCGCUGAAGGCAUCAUCAUGGGUUUCCAUGAGGACGGCAGGACAUGCAAGGCCGGCUCAGAUGGCUGCAUGGAGACUCCAGUGCUGCUCUACACUCAUGGCCUGCAGGGGCUAAACAACCUACAUGCCCUGGUUCCUAGCUUACUGAGACACGAAGUCCAGAUGGCACUUGAGAAACUGGACCUUAUUUGGGAUGGAACGUAUGCCUGGGACAUGUUCUUGUACAUGAUGAGAAGUCAGAUACGAAACACCUUUCCCAAUGCUGACCUCCCCCGCCAUUUCACUGAUGCUACUCGAGCUGUCCUCGUAGACUGGAUCAUUCAGGUUCAUGAACUGCUGCAGUUCCACGAAGAGACCCUCUAUCUGGCAAUACACCUCCUCAACCGCUCCCUGCGACAGCUGAAGGUGACCACAGCCAACCUGCAGCUCCUUGGCAUGGUUUGCCUCUUCGUCGCAUCAAAGAAAGUGGAGAGCCUCCUUCCAGAGGUGUCCGGACUCCUCAGCUUGAUGGAUCACACUUACACCAAACACCAGCUUCUGCGAAUGGAACGUAAAGUUCUGUGUGUGCUCAACUUCGAUCUGUCCUACUGUCCCCCGCUGUACUUCCUCCUCCUGUUCGCCUCCGUCGCUCGCUGUAGUGCUGCGGUGGAGUGGAUGGCUCGUUAUCUGCUGGAGCUGUCUCUGCUGGAGAGCCAGUGUGUGGUGUUUCUGCCCGUUCAGCUGGCAGGAGCAGCCCUCUGCUUGGCCCGCCAAGUCCUACAGGAGUGUCCGACGGCAGAGGGAGAGGCUGCCUGGUGUCUGGCUUCAAGCAUCCAUGUUGGCAGUGAGCCUACUCUGCUGAGGAUCAUGCAUAUUCUAGCUAGUGCUGCAGCCAAAGCCAGCUCCCGAGAGACCUGUGCUUCUUUUAUUAAAUUUUCUUCCCCAGAGACAUUACAAGUCAGUAGGCACCCAGGUCUGAACAAUGCUGCCGGUCUCCUGGGUGGAUGCAGUUGACAUGUCUCUCUUGGACACAAUGGGUUCUCUGCCUAAGCUCAUAUGGGGCAGCAGUCAGAAGUGUGAGAAAUUUCAUGUUGUUGACAAAUUGGCAAUGUCUGCUAGCAUGUGAUUUGGCUAAGAAUGUGGCAAACCUGUUUUAUAAUCUUACCUUGCAGCCAAUUUAGAAAAUACUUGAGUUGUAUCAAAGUGUCCUUGUCUUAUCUAUUGUGGAAAGGAUGUGAGCGGUCUGUCAAGUCAUUUGUAAUAUUUUUAAUGUAAAAUAAAGUGUCUGCUGCA